AUUUAUAUUAUAUAUGAUAUUUAAUUUCGAAUAUAUAUGAAAUAAUAUUUUAUUUACAUUAAUAUUUCUUCCUUGUAUGAAAUACUAUCUUUUUAGAAAAUAGUUUUUAUUUAAGAAAAAUUAAAAACAUCUUUUUAACUUUUUUUAUUUUUAUUUUUUAUUUAUUUUUCUGAAGUAAACUCGAUCGAGUCCCGUCUUUGGGCAAGGAGCGAGAGAGCAGAGGAAUAGAAGAAAUGGAUUUUCUGCAGUCGAGGCUCCUGCCUUUGCUAACACUGUUGCUGUCUUCUCUACUUUUCUUCUACUUCAACAAUAUUUCCAAGCCAUCUCACAUUGGGUGCAGCCUUGUUCCUUACAACCAUUACUGGAUAACCAGCAAGCGAAUUGUAACCCCCCAAGGGGUUAUUUCUGGUGCAGUUGAAGUAAAAGGAGAGUACAUCACUUCAGUUGUUAAUGGAGAGGAUUGGCGUGGAAGUGUCAAGAAGGAACAAGUAAUUGAUCAUGGAGAGGCUGUUGUCAUGCCUGGCUUGAUUGAUGUGCAUGCACACCUUGAUGAUCCUGGAAGAACCGAAUGGGAAGGAUUUCCUUCUGGAACAAAGUCAGCUGCUGCUGGUGGUAUAACAACAUUGAUUGAUAUGCCUCUAAAUAGUUUUCCCUCAACUGUGUCUGAGGAAACUCUAAAACUCAAGAUUGAAGCUGCAGAAGAAAAAAUCUACAUCGAUGUUGGUUUCUGGGGAGGUCUAGUUCCUGAAAAUGCAUUCAAUGCAAGUAUGCUGGAGGGUCUGCUUAGUGCUGGUGCCCUUGGUUUGAAGUCUUUCAUGUGUCCUUCUGGGAUCAAUGACUUUCCCAUGACAAAUGCCAGUCAUAUUAAGGAGGGGCUAUCAGUACUGGCAAAAUAUAAAAGACCUUUACUUGUGCAUUCAGAGAUUCAACAAGAUCUUGAAAGCAAUUCAGGACUGAAAGAUGGUAUUGAUGAUGUGCGGUCUUAUUCAACAUAUCUAAAGUCUAGGCCUUCUUCAUGGGAGGAGGCAGCUAUUAGGGAGCUUUUAACAGUAACAAAGGAUACAAGGGCUGGUGGUCCUGCAGAAGGAGCUCAUCUUCACAUUGUUCAUUUGUCUGAUGCAAGUUCUUCCUUAGAUCUUAUAAAGGGAGCAAAAAGUAGUGGUGACAGCAUAACUGUUGAAACAUGCCCUCAUUAUUUAGCUUUUUCAGCAGAGGAGAUACCUGAUGGUGAUACUCGUUUCAAGUGUGCUCCACCCAUUCGUGAUGCGGCCAACAGAGAAAAACUAUGGGAAGCAUUAUUGGAAGGACAAAUUGACAUGCUAAGUUCUGAUCAUUCACCAUCAGUGCCAGAACUGAAACUCUUUGAUGAGGGUGACUUCUUAAGAGCAUGGGGAGGCAUAUCAUCUUUGCAGUUUGUUCUUCCUGUGACAUGGUCUUAUGGGCGGAAAUAUGGAGUAACUUUGGAACAGUUAGUCUCAUGGUGGAGUGAGAGGCCUGCCAAACUUUCUGGACAAGAAUUGAAGGGGGCCAUUGCAGUCGGAAAACAUGCAGAUAUUGUUGUAUGGGAACCGGAGAUAGAGUUUGACCUUGAUGAAAACUAUCCUGUCUACCACAAGCAUCCCAGUAUCUCAGCCUACAUGGGAACAAGACUAUCCGGAAAAGUUUUGGCAACUUUUGUGAGAGGAAACCUUGUCUUCAAAGAGGGACAUCAUGCCCCUGCUGCUUGUGGAACUCCGAUUCUUGCAAGAUGAGAAGGAUGAAUUGCUGGGUCUCUGACUACCGGUUAGUCUCCAAAAUCUGACUUGAAUUUUGAUUUGUUUUAAUGCGGUGUAUGUUGAUAUUGUAUCCUGGCUCCACAACGUUCAUCUCCAGAAUUGACUCUAAACUAUUGAUGGAUAUGAUUCCAUAUUCAACUAUCUUUUCAUAAGCUCCUAUGAUUAUUGAAGGGCAAUGCGUUGGAUACCA